AUGAAGCACUCCAUAGGGGAAGCUCUACGCAAUCGCAGCAGUCGUUCUUCCUCAGAUGAGACCAGGGACCAAGCUGAGGGCGAGGAUACUACCGUCAUCGAGCCAGAGCAAGGAAAUGUCCUCUUGCAUAUCAUAUCUCAAUUGCGCCCUGGCGCCGACCUGUCUCGAGUCACGCUUCCCACUUUCAUCCUAGAGGAAAGAUCAAUGUUAGAAAGAAUAACAAAUUUCAUGGCUCACCCUGACACACUCCUGUCCAUGCCGCAUAUCGAAGAUCCUGUAGAACGAUUUGUCUCGGUGAUCAGGUUCUAUCUGAGCGGCUGGCAUAUCAGACCUCCCGGUGUAAAGAAACCCUUGAAUCCUAUCCUCGGGGAGACCUUCACUUGCUACUGGAACUAUCCGGACAACACGAGAGGGUUUUACGUUGCUGAACAAACCUCACACCAUCCUCCUAAGUCGUCCUAUUUCUUUAUGGCACCGGAACACCAUAUUCGAGUGGACGGGACGUUGAAGCCUCGCAGCAAAUUCCUAGGCAAUUCAGCGGCAAGCAUGAUGGAAGGCAUCGCCUAUCUGCGGUUCACCAAUAGAGGGAAGUCAAAAGGCGGCGAAAAAUACAUUCUGACCCAGCCGAAUAUGUACGCUCGAGGGAUUCUUUUCGGGAAGAUGAAGUACGAGUUAGGCGAUCACUCCUAUGUACGAUGCCCGGAAAAUCAUUUGAUGGCCGAUCUGGAAUUCAAAACCAAAGGUUGGGUGGGCGGUACGUACAAUGCCAUUGGAGGGACAAUCAAAAACGAUCAGACCGGGGAUGUCCUUUACGAGCUGUCCGGGUUAUGGUCCGGGGAAAUGUUUAUCAAGGAUACCAAGACCGGACAGAAAAAGACGCUGUUUGACGCCACGCAUGCCAAACAUGCACCACCUCUGACUCGCCCCAUCGAGGAACAAGAUGAACGUGAGUCGCAAAGGCUGUGGCUGAGCACCGUCAAGGCUGUUCAUGCCAUGGAUCACGAAAAGGCCACGGUCGAGAAAGCCAAGAUUGAAGACCGGCAGCGAGAAGAAGCCAAACGAAGGGAAGAAUUGGGAGUAGAAUGGAAACCUAAACUUUUCCGUCGGGUUGAUGCAGGCCAUGGCGGAUCGGACGAGGGCGAAGAAGAUCUGGAAUGGAUCAUCAAUGCGCAUUUGGACACGAAGGAUCCCAAGGAACUUGUGGACAGGAUUCUUGCCAUUGCACCUAUUCUCCCGGGACAGGAAGGAAUUUGGGACCGAGCACCUCUACAUCAGUGGGAGCAUACAACCGGGUCCAAAAUGCCAGGAGAGAAGUCCACGAAUAGUGCUGGCCAGGUACAUUUGAACGCUCAGCAUACGGCUGAUUUGAUUGACUUUGAUUCUCGGCCACCGAGUACAGCACCGCCCGAGCCAACGAAGAAGGAUCCAGGCGUUGGGAAUCCAGUGGACCCGGCCUCAAACACGCACCAGUAUCCUUCUCAAACGGCGAAUUUAAUGGAUGACGACGAUGACAUCUCGUACAUGAACAACCAGAUGUCAAAGAUGAAGAUGCAUGAGGCGAUGGUACCAGAAGGAAAGAAACCAUUGAAGAGAGCGGACACGGAGACAAGUGAAAUGGACGUGUUUGUAGAUGCAGAAGGCUGA